AUGAUGCAUUUAUUUCAUAAUACAAGAAGUAGCAGGUCUACUUCUUCAAAUAGAAUAUCUUCAAAUAAUCAUACCACUACAACCACAACCACAACCACAACCACAGCAAUAACUUCUACUCCAAGUGAUAGUAGGAUUUACUCUACUCCUAGAAUAUAUAAUCCUUCAGGUCAAGUAACUCCUCGAGAUAUAACUCCUCCUCCUCCUGCAACUACCACCUCAUCAAAUUCUACUUCUCCAAGUAGAACUCAUCGAAGAAGUCCAUCUUAUGAAAGUCAACUCCAACAGUCUCAACCUCAAGUUCAAAUAAAUCCUGUAAAUGAGGCUGCAAAUAACUCUACACCUGAUAAUACCAAUAUUAUAACUGAUACAACUACAACCACAACCACAACUUUGGCAAGUCAAAGAGCUUCCAGAAGAAGACGAAGAAGAAGAGCUGCAACAGCAGCAGCUCUUGCAGCAACAACAGCCGCAAGAUAUAGUGAUGUCGAAAGCAUACCACUGAUCCCUCCUCCAACUGAUGAAUACAAUAUCUUUGAUAAUGAAGAAUCGCCUCCUUAUAGAGAACAAUUACAUAAAUAUCUUGACUUAAUCUCCUUCGAUCCACGAUAUAAUAUCCCCAUCAUAAGAAUCAAUAAAUCUUUGAUUAAAAAUGAUAAAAAUUUACGGAAAUCAAUUAAAAAACUCAUAAAAUUCAAUUUAAUCCCUCGAGAUAUAGACUUAUGGAAUUUAAAUAAAGUCGAUGAUAAUGAUUUCGAAGCUGUCAUUCCAGGUUUAUUGCCAGAUAUAGCAAGAGCUCCAAAUGAUGGAUUGUAUCGUGAUAUUAGUGGAAUCACCUUGAAUGAGAAUGAACAGUUGGAAUUGGCUUUACAAUUAUCAAUGAUGAAUUCAAGUUUACAGGUUAAUAGCAUUCCUGAAGUGGUGGAAGAAAAUGUUGUAACAGAAUCAGUAUCAGUGUCGGAAACAGCAUUGAGGGUACCAAUGUCUAGAGAAUCAAGAAGACGUAGACGUCGUCGUGUCAAUGUUGUUCCUCAAGUAGAAGAACCAAUAGUGAUACAACAAGUUUUAUCAGAACCAGUCACCAGAGAACCAGUAUCUAGAGAAUCAAGACCUAGACGUCGUAGUAUUAAUAAUAUCCAAACCAUCACCAACAAUAGUGAAGUAUUCUAUGAUGCUGAGGGAGAUAACACCCAACCAUCUCCAAUAACAUCUAGGAACAUAUCUUCUACCAAUAAUACUUCCAUUUCCAAUCGUCCUUUACAUUUCCAUUUAAAUCAUCAAGCUACUAUGAUGUUUAAUAAUACUGAUUUACUUAAUAAUCCAACCAGCAAUACUACUACAAAUAAUAAUAAUAAUGUUAACGAUGAACGGUAUAGAGGAUUUAGGUAUAGUGGAUUUAGAUAUAAUGCUGCUAUAAGUACUUAA